AUUCCUCAAAUAGCCCCAAUUAAUUGAUUAAUUCUAUUUAUUUUUUUUUUCUUAAUAUAUUAUUUAACUAUAAACUUACUUUAUUUUAAUUUUAUUAAAAAUAUUAAAAUUAAAAUAUUAAAAAAAAAAAUAAUUAAAAAUUAUAAUAAAUUUAUUUAA